AUGAAUAUAAGGCAUAAAACUGGUGAUCAGGAUUCUAAUAGUUUAAUUAAUAAUAAAAGUCACAAUUAUGGGUCGAUAAAAGAUCGCGAACAACAAAAAUUAUCACCAUUGUAUAGAAUACUCAAGCCUCUGAUUAGUUAUUGCAGUCAAUUUAGUAGUAAUAAGUACACAAAAUUUGAUAACAACGAAAAAAAACAAAUAAACAAAAGAGAAACAAUAAGUGUCUAUAAUUUGUUUCGUUAUGCUGAUCAUUUAGAUCGCAUAUUACUUAUCUCAGCUGUUGGUGCAUCAAUUAUGCAUGGUAUCUGUUAUGCCGCUUAUUAUCUUCUAUUUGGCCAGAUAGUUUCAACGUUUGCAUCCUAUGUUAAUCCAACAUCGUCGGAUUUAAAUAAUGAAGAGUUACGUGGAACACAAAAAAUCGAAUCAAGACGAAUGAAUGGUUUUCGUUAUCCUACGUAA